AAUCUCGAGUACUUUGGAGUGGUGCGCUUUUUCUUUCGGCCUGAUGAACAUGAUCGGUUCCAGAGCAAGUGCAUUCGCAUAUCCAACACGGCAACCGCCCGCAGCCUUGUGAAUGUGUUGGUCGAGAAGUUCCAUCCUGACCUCAACGUGCUCACAACGGGACGUUACGCACUCUACGAGUAUCACCAGGCCAGCGGAGGUAAGCUGGACUUUGAUACUUAA